AUGGAAGCAGCCAAGUGCUGUAAGUGUCUGCUGUACAGGGAUGCUGGUUCAGCUGUGGCUCAGCACAGUUUCACAGUAUUGUGGAGCUGUGGUUUGUCAGAGAUCAGCUGUGAUUAUCUGGCAGCAGCGCUGAAGUCCAACCCCUCCCAUCUGAGAGAGCUGGACCUGAGUGAGAACAACAAGCUGCAGGAUUCAGGAGUGAAGCAUCUGUGUGGUUUUCUGGAGAGUCCAGGAUGUGGACUUGAAACUCUGAGAUUGAAGAGCUGUGAUUUGUUGAAGAUCAGCUGUGAUUAUCUGGCAGCAGCACUGAAGUCCAACCCCUACCAUCUGAAAAAGCUGGACCUGAGUGACAACUACAACCUGCAGGAUUCAGGAGUGAAGCAGCUGUGUGGUUUUCUGGAGAGUCCAGGAUGUGGCCUUGAAACUCUGAGGUUGGGGGACUGUGGUUUUUCAGAGAUCAGCUGUGAUUAUCUGGCAGCAGCACUGAAGUCCAACCCCUCCCAUCUGAGAGAGCUGGACCUGAGUGAGAACAACCUGCAGGAUACAGGAGUGAAGCAUCUGUGUGGUUUUCUAGAGAGUCCAGGAUGUGGACUUGAAUCUCUGAGAUUGGAAAACUGUGGUUUUUCAGAGAUCAGCUGUGAUUAUCUGGCAGCAGCACUGAAGUCCAACCCCUCCCAUCUGAGAAAGCUGGACCUGAGAGGGAACUACAGCCUGAAACAUCGAGAUGUGAAGCAGCUGUCUGAUCUCAAGAAGAGUCCAGACUGCAGACUGGAGACUCUCUGGUGGGGCUAUUUGUAAACAGGAUGGUGUGUGUGCUGAAAGAGGAGCAGCUGUGUCCUGAUGAUCCAGAGAGGUUGAAGCAGCAGCAGCUUGUGUGUAGAGACGCUCUGACUGGGCCAUGUUACUGGGAGGUGGAGUGGAGAGCUUCAUCCA